AUGGAUAGUAAAGUCAUAAAAUUGGAACAAAGAAUAGAAGACAAAGAAAAUUCUGCUGCCCUAUCAGACGAAAGUGAUGAAGAAAGAGAUGAAGCCGACGAAAAACAAAAUGAUGGCUGUGAAGAAGAUAAAAAAGAAGCGAAUAGUAGCGGUGAAGCAGAUAAUACGUAUGGUAGUAAUAACGAUCAUACAAAUAAAUAUAUUGUUCAUAAAGAAAAAUGUAUCAAUCAUGUUAAAAAAAGAAUUUUAACACAUCUGUUAAAAUCGAAAAAGCAAUGGCAAGGAUAUGACGAAGUAUCUACUCCAACAAGAUCAACAUUACCAACAUUGAAAAAAAUAAAUGCAGCAAAACAAGAUUAUGUAGCAGCAGCCACAAAGAGUAACACAUUAGAACGUUUACUAGUGAAAAGUCGGAGGUCGUGUACGUAUGACAACUAA